AUAUACCAUUCGAAAUGAGUAGUUUUAUUCGAAGUAACCUAUGUCUUUAACCCUCGGUUACUGUAGUGGGAUCCGCUUGGACCCACUUUACAGAUUCUCGUCUCGUACUACAUAACUAUUUACUGUUUCGAGUCAUUUGUCUCAUGUAAUCUGUAGUCAUUAGUAGAUGUAUAAUAUCCAUAUGAAAAAUCAUGCCCGUAUUUAAGACAGAAAAAAUGCGGAUAUGGGUUCACGCGGACCCCAAGACACUAAUAAUGAUUUAGAUAUGAUUUUUCGCUUUUCUAUAACUGCCACCUGUUGCGUAUCGAUUUGUUUUCAAAUUAAAUACGUUCUGAUUCGCUUGCACGUUCACCUUUCAUAAUAGUAACUCACAUUUUUUUUGUAAAUUGCUAAAUUUUCUCUACGCUUUGAUAAAAACUAGUAAGAGUCAAUUUUUUUUCUUCGCAUCAUGCGUUCUUAUAUUGCCUCUAUAACAAGCGAUGAAUAAGUCGGUAGAGAAAAGAGGUACCUUACGUAAAGCAAAAUCAUCAUUUUCUGUAACUUUUACGAGGUGGGUCUGCGCGGACCCCAGGACACUGUUCAAGUUAUAAAAUGAGGACGGUAACCGAGAGUUAAGAAGUGGGACAUAGUUUAUAGAUUUUUUUCAACUCGACAAAAACGAUUCAUAGUUCUGUUUUGCAUGACAAUUUCAAUAAGACACAUUUUUUUAUUUUUUAGUUGUUUUCUAAAUAAUUUCGAAUCACUUCUUGCUUUAUUUAUUCCAAUUGCAAUCUUUAUCUUCCUUUUACUUAUAUUUGUAUUGGCUGCUCGUAUUAAUCUAAAACGUUUAACUAAAGAAGCAAUACGUUUACGUAAUAUACCAGAUGAAACAGAAAUUGAACCAGAAACAACUAAUGAUAAUGAUAAUGAUGAAAAUAAUUUAUCAUCAAAACCAAAUGAAACAUUACCAAUUAUAAUUCCAUCAAAUAAUCUUAAUAUUGAACAAGGAUUAGCACAUAUGGAUUGUCGUCAAUCACAUUUAGAUAGUUUAUGUUCAUCCGAUAUGGAUCAUCAACAUCAACCAUCAAAUCAAUUAAUAUCGAUAUUAUUUCAAUUAUUUCUACUGAUUUUUAUUUUUCUAUCAUGUAUAGCAAUUUAUAUACAUCCAUUACAAUCCUAUAAUAUACCAUUUGAACAUUCAAUUUAUAAUCAUUUAUAUGGAAUAUUUGUUUUAUUAUUAGCAUUUUAUACAUUGGCAUUUUAUAUCUUAACACGUUCUGAUUUAACAAUGCAUUGUCAAUAUUAUAAUUGUUGUCCAAAUCGAAAGAAAAAACGUUUAUUAAAUCAAUCAUAUAGUGAACCACCACCGCCACCGCAAACACCUCAAUUAUCACCAUCACAUCCAAUGAUAAUAUCAUCAAAAGAAAAUGAUGAUGAAAAAAUCAUAUUAAAUCAAAAUUUAAGUGGUGAUGAAUCAUUUACCGAACAAAUACCACCACCAUCACCACCACAUUCACAUUAUUCAUCAAGUCUAUAUCAAAGUCAAUUAACACAAAAUAAUGAAAUAGCAGCAUUAACAAAUGGUCAGACAUUUGGUUCAAAACAUCAAGCAACUAUUGCAUCAAAAUAUUAUGCACGUCAUCGACAUAUACUUAAAACAAAUACAUCAAGUAGUGAAAUAAGUUUACAACAAAAUGAAUCAAUUCCUCAUUCAACAUUAAAUGCUAUUCAACAAGAAUCUCCUACAUAUAUUGAUAAGCAACAAAUACAAUCGAAUCCACAUUAUGCAACCUCACCUAAAAAUUUAAUUCAUAGUCCAAAAAUGUCUCCUUUAAUUCAAAAUGGCAAUACACGAUAUAAUUUACCAUCUGUUGCAUCUCCUCGUACAUUCAUUCGUCCAACUACAUUAUCUCUUUCACCUCGUCCACAAUUAUCUCCAUCACAAGCAAUUAUUCGUCCAUUACCAAUUAUACGUCUUUCGUCUCCAAAUAUUAAUAAAAUAUAUUCAAAUCCUUCAUCAACAAUGACAACACCAACAACAACAACAUCAAAUGGUCGAAUAAGUCCAGUUGCUGAACAAAAUAGUGGUGGUCGUAAUUCCUAUCGUGUUAUGCCAUCACCAUCAACUGAAGAACGUCAAGCAACUUAUGUUUAUUUAAAUAAAAAUUCUCAUCUAAUUCAACAAGAAUCUUCAACAAAAGAAAAACCAUCUAUUUGGAAAAAACCAGUUAAUGGUCAUCUUCCACAUGUUGCAUAUAUUGAUGAAGAUGAUGAAGGUAGUGUUUCACUUAAAUCAUCUACAUGUG